AUGGCUACCGCUAUCUCCAAACCCGCAGCAUCUCAGCCUCCGAAAAUGAAACGUCCUCCGCCCUCAUUUACGCAGUCUAACAGCGUCGUCAACGGGAUUAAGCAGUCGCCUUCUACCACGUCGUCCCCCGCUCUUGCUUCAAAACGACUACCCGGUGCUAAUCAGCAGACUGCCAAUGGCAUUGCCACGCCUAUGGGAAAUGGCGCAUUGAACCGCCCCGUCAAUCGGCCUCGAAAGGAUAACCAGAAGCCCGGAGAUAUUUCGACGUCUCGACCUCAAAGGGCUACUACCAGGGCAUCGGUCGCGGAGGCAGAUCGUCGAGUGACGAAAAUCCCCCCCGAACCGUUUGUGAAAACAUCGCAAUACAUACUCAAGAAAUACUCCAAGUCUCCGCCGUCCCUGAUCCUUCACCUCCAUCCCACCCACUUUCGGUUCGACCAGCAAGAUGGCAGCUUCCCAUACAACUCGGAAAUGAAAGUUAUCAUUGAACAUAUUCGGUCACAGACUAUACCACAUGAUAUGCUUGAGGAGCUUCUUCGCGCUAAUGUCAAGUUCUACGAAGGUUGUCUUAUUGUUAAGGUUGUUGAUCACAAAUCGGUCUCGGCUAAGACGAAUAAGACGACUGCCACAUCCACUGACGAGAAGAAUACUCCUUUCUCUAUUCACAACUACAACCAGCACGUCACGCCGUCACCUUACGUACCGUAUCCCAAACAGAAUCAAAUCAAGUCAGAGGUCAAUGACUUGUCAAAGUCGGACAUUCCUGAAAAGAAACAUGACCCGGAUUCAGCUGAUUCUACUACUAAUAACAAACCUGCGACUGAGAACGGUACUGCCGGUACUACUAAUGAAUCUGGAAAGCAGCCUGAGCAUAUACCCAGGGUCUUCACCACCGUACUACAUCCAACGCCGCUUUCCCUACAAGCGGAGCUUACCUACUUAUCCACUACACCGCAUCCUCAUGCCAAUGCAAACUCGGCUGCGACUAAGAAGCAGCCUACAACCGCUCAACCACAGAAUAAGAGUUCGGGACAGCCCCCGACCAAGAGGCAAAAGAUGCUCGUUGAUCCUGAAGAUCUGCCCAAAUUCGAAGCUACCUUGAUUAGAGCCGUGGCGCCUCCGGUAUAUCUGGACCCCGUGGAUAGCUUCGAAUCGGCACAGGAGCUCCUCAGGCUUAUGGAGAGUCCUCUUCAUUGCGCAAGGCCACCGUCACCUAAGCGAAGGAAGCGAACAGUCGCAGAGCUGGCUGCGGAUGAAGCUCUCGCUGCUGAGGAAGAGCGAUUCAUGCUUAUCAUGGAUGAAAGAUUGGAGCCUGCCACAUCAGGUGCGGCUGCUGGAGCUAAGAUUGCCGUUGACGAUACGGCAGGUGCGGUGCCAUUUGAACCACGCUUCUCGAGAUUCAAAACGAUUGAGAAUAUUCGUAUGCAACAUGAAGAGAAAGCCAAACGGGAGCAUGAGAAGAAGCUUCAACAAGAACAAGCCAAGCGGCAACAACAGCAAGAACAGGAGAGAGAAAGACGACGACUUUUGGAGCAAAGACAAGAAGAACUUGCGAAAGAAGAACGCCGUCAGCAGCUAGCUGCCCAACAUGCGCAAGCUCAGUUGGCUGCUCAGCAACAACAAAGAUUGGCGCAGGUUUCUCAAGGCCAAAUGUCUUCUCCAGUGGUACGGAACCAGACCCCGCAUGCUACUUCUUCUCCGGUUGUUGGCAGUGGUAUUGUCACGCAAGGCGGUGUUCCAAUGAGCAUGACCGCCUCUACUCCAAGAGCUGGCAGUCCGCCAAGGCCGCCUUCCACAAUGCAGCAUGCUCAUCCGGCCAUGAUGGGCCACCCGAUGGCGCCUUCCAGAAGUCAACAGAGCCAUAGUCGAAAUGGUACUCCUCAAAUGACUCAGGGCACUCCAGCUAUGUCACAUGCUACACCAAUCAUGCGCAAUGUAACACCAAACCAACGAAUGCCUCAUGGCAGCCCGCCAACUACUACUCUUACGCAGACACCAGUCAUGGGCAAUGCCAUGAUGGGCACCCCGCAGAUGGGAGCUGGAAUGGGACUGACACCUCAGCAACAGCAACAAUUAAUGCUUCAGCAACGACAACAUCAGCAAAUGCUAGCGCAACAAGGUCUCACGCCGCAGCAAUAUGCUCAAUUACAAGCGCAGCAAAACAUUCAGAACCAUCAUCAACAACAAGUGCUCAAUCAGCAACAGCAAGUCCAACAGAACCAAAUGCCUCAACAUCAGAUGCCGCAGCAGUAUUAUCAAGCUCAGUUAAUACGCAACCAGAUGCAACAGAUGCAAAUGGCUCAACAAAAGCAGAACCACCAACAGCAAGGCGGAAUGCAAAUGACCCCUCAGCAACAGCAGCAGCAACAACAGCAAAUGUUCAUGGCAGCUGCUCAAGCGAACGCAAAUCAAGGCCAGGUUCCACAAACCGCUCAAAAUGCGCGGUAUCAACAAAUGUUCAAACAGCGACUACAAGCUUCGCGCCAAGAAAUGCAGAAGAGGUUCCAAUCACAAUAUGGAUCGCCUCAACAAUAUCCUCCGCCAAUUGCUCAGCAGUAUUUCAGUGGCUUGGAAAACGCCGCACGAGCUUGGAUUCAGGAAGUGAUGAGACGGGAAAACCUUCAGGCACAGCAGCGGCAACAAGCUGCUAUUAUUCAACAGCAGCAGAUGAUGGCUAAUGGGAUGGGUAAAUGA